UUGGAUAUUAUUCAUCAAAUGCAACAUCAUGGUGCUGUCUCAUUGCCAAAGGGUAAAACAAAAUCCACGGCACUGAAUAACUACCUCGGUGUCCAUUCCGGCCAUCGAUGGAUCUUGUAGUUGGAUGGAGUCACGUGCUGAACUAGUGUUGUGAAUGCACUGUUUUGUAAAUAGCUGGUUACAGAGAAAAUUUGUUUUGUAUACUUUAGCAAAGAGAAUUUCACAUACACACACACACACACACACACACACACACACACACACACAAAUGAAAAUUGAUUUCCAUAAGAACAAUAAUUUAAUGGUUGAAACUAUUCAAAUGAUAAACAAUUUUUAAUAGCAAAUUUCUUUUUUGCUUAAGGAAGAUACGCUUGGUGCUAAAGGUCAUAUGAAAGGUUCCAACAGCUUCUAAGAUUGUGCCAUUAUAAAAUGCAUUUUUUUCUUAUUAACUAUACGAACCGAAAAUCACCGGAUUACUAAUGUUUCUGCUCUUAUUGCUAAAAAGCAAAGUGUUACAGUCUUUUACUACAGGAAAUGGAGUACUCGCUUUUGUAUGUGUAGCUAAGUAGCAUUGGUAGUAUCAUAUGAAUAAUCUUACGAUGAUUUCAAAAGGCAUCAAUAAACAAAAUGCAUCAACAGGCGCGGCACGUUGAUGCAGGAAUUUUCCGUCCAACAUGUAGUUUUUGAAUGGUAUCCCGGUCAGCCGAAAAAUGUUAGUAGAGUAAUUUCUUAUCAUUUAAUUCCCCUUGUAUUGAUUUAUAGAUACUAUAUUUUUAAGAACUCUAAUCGUGGUGUUAAGGUACAAAUUUCAAAACAACGGGUUGUUGUGAUGCAAUUUUCAGUGGAUGUAGGUAGUAAUAGAAAUUCUCAACCAAUCAGAAUCGCUGUAUCAUUGUCAGUCUCAUAAAAAUUAGAUAAUGUGAAGACGAAUCUGCAAUUUGAUAAUUAUGUGGUAUCUUACAUGAUGAGCUAUACAGUAUUUUAUCAUAUACACUUAGGGACACGAUAUGUACACGUAGUCCUCUUAAAUAGGAACUAAAGUCCCAACAUCCCACAAGAGGCACUGUAGUGGCCUCCAAAUCAUAUUGCAAUUAAACAUGCUGUUGUAAAUAAUCUUCAUUGUUCAAUGCACUGCGUGCACCUGUUUAUAUUGAAUAAGACAAUGUUUACAUUAGUGGCCAUUAGAGAUGAUAACUUUACAGAAGUUGGUUAAAAAUCAUGUAGCAGCGAGUUACUUAGUAUAUGUAUGUGUAGAAUUAACUAUUAACGGGCAGGUAUUUUGUCUAGAGUGGUUUUUCUUAUCCUGAAAUCGACAGUGAAAUCUUCCGUAUUUUAAAAGUUUUUGAACUUUUGAUGGGUUGUUCUUGUGUUUUUUUUAUCAUAAAACUCCAUUCCAGUCAUUUUGAUUGAUACAGAGUCAUUAUGACAGAGUUAAUUGUUGUGUACUUUGAUACAGAGUCAUUAUGACAGAGUUAAUUGUUGUGUACUUUGAUACAGAGUCAUUAUGACAGAGUUAAUUGUUGUGUACUUUGAUACAUAGUCAUUAUGACGGAGUUAAUUGUUAUGUACUUUGAUACGAGUUUUGUUUUCUGUGUUAUUAUUAUGUUUGAAGUGUUUUUGUAUUUUAUUUUAUUUUUUUAUUUUUUUUUUUUUUGUAUAGUAUAAACUGUGACGCAAUAAAUAGUCUUCUAGAGACGAGCUACAAUGUAAUAUCAAUUAUUCAUGAAAAUAACAUGAUCAUAAUUAGGCAACAGUGCUGUGCCGGCGACACUAAAACCUGAAAUAUUUCUUCAGGAAAGCAUUUAGCUAAAUUGGUUGGGGUUUUUCUUUCAAUACUUGGUCAUCGUUUACACACUAUCUUGGUAGAUUCAGUGAACCUGUGCAUGUUUUCCAGACUGAAACAACGGGUCAGUUUAGUGUUAAACUUCAUUUCUAUUAUUGUUUUGCCUUUGGUGUCUUUAACAAUUGAAAUGAUAGCCAUUUCCUCAUGAAUGUGAACAAUGCACGUGUAAAUCUGGAUAAAUAUAACAAGUCUACAAUUUCAACGACUGAGAAUUCUCCGACAGAAAUGAAAGUAAAAUGUAAAUAUGAUUUUUUAUUUUUUAUAAAUACAUUUAAACAAUGAAAUGCUUGCUUUGUUAUUUCAUCGGGUGAUGAAAGUAGCUAGCAUUGCAUAACCCGCCUAAUCAUUGAGUUACACAAUAUAAUUCAAACUGACAACAGUAAACAACACAAAUAUGAAAUACUCGUAUACAAUGUAUAUAAAAGUCGACAGUUACGGACAUCCUGAGGUUUUCUUAUCAGUUAAGAACAUCAUUUUUACAGCUAUCCUCAUCACCUCGUGUUUGUACGAUGGAUAUCCUCAUUAAGGGAUUAAAGUAUGAAAAAGCUAUUGUAUAUUUUAUUUCUAUAUCUAAUCAAUACACCAAAAAACACGAAAAAAUAAUCAUUUAUUAUCACAAAAUUAAAUGAACGAUGAUAAUUUUCAGCUGAGUUGGCGUCAUCCAUCUUGGGAUGUCAGCAGUUACGGACAUCACAUUGACCCCCGUGAUAUUAGAAAAUCGUAAAAUAUAAUUUGAGUACAAAUAGCGUUUUCACACUGUAGAAAUUGAGUCAUUUUUUGGUCAUGGCAUGCAGUUGUUGGAAUUCAGUUUGCUCUUUGGUUGAAGUAUGCAUAGUGUUGAACUUAAACUUUGCAUUUCAUAUAUACACGUACCUUUCAUCGUAAUAUGUUAUCAGAAAUUCAGGCAGCGAAAUAUAUGUACAUACAUUUACAAAAACACAGAGAGACAGACAGUCAGAGAGAGAGAGCAUGCUUGUCAUGACCUUCGUGUUAACCUGCUAUUCAUGACCAGCCCCUUUCAUUACUUGCUGAAUAAAACAUUGAAUAAACUAAGUGCAUUGUUAAAUAUUCAUAGAAUUAGGAGGCCCCCCUCAACCCAUUCCAUAUUCAGCAAAUCCAGGAUAAUUUUCUUAAUCAGAAUAUUUCACUUUUCUGUUUUGUUAAUCGACGUUUAUGUUGUAACACUGGUGCAGUGGUAUCUUCAAUCUUUAUAAGAAUUCCAAUAUUGAACUACAAAAACCUGGUGUCAAAAUAAUCUUCUGUUCGGCUCAUACUUCUUUCCACACUUGAGCAGACCCACCCCCUUCCCUGCGUAUUUUGCGUAUUAAUUUACUCUCGCCAUCUGAUGGAGCACCAUUUGCUGACUUCGAAACCACCUUUGUCUUAAGUGACUUCCACCUCACAGAUUUUGUAAAAAUUCCUGAGUGUGAAUUUCGUAUGGGACUUUUCUUGGAUUUUUUAAGGGAAACAAAAAUCCUUGAGAAUUCUAUGGGAAACUGAAAAUUUUAAUUUCUUUACAAAUUUAAAUUUGUCAAAUAUAUCUUCAGAAAUUUAUUUUUUGGUACCAAACUGCGAUCCAUUUUUCUCAUAAAACCUUUAUAUUUUAAAGGCGACUGUCUUAUCUGACAAGUCAGUCAAAUACAGGUACAUAUUGUACGACAAGGUGGUUCUGAAAUCUGUAAAUGAUGGCGUAUCCCAUAACAUAUUUGUUACAAGGACUAUUAGUCAUUAACUAGUGUUUGCAAAAAUUCCAAUUAAAAUUCGAUUUUGAAUACACAAAGCACAUAUAUAGUUGAAAUUCAAUCACAUGUACUAUAAUUUUUGUUUUAAAAAAAUUAUAUUCUGUGUUAUAUAGAUAUCUCUAGUUUCCUCUUAUAUACAUUCAAGUACAUAUUGUACAUUCCUGGUUUUCUUUAUGGAUGUAACAAAGAAAUUUAUUUUUACGAACAUGACACAUCCCUGACUCAAUGUGGACUCUUCCAAAUGUAAGAUUUUCACCUGUCAACUUCCGGUGUGGCGAAAAUCAAAAUGGCUACCUGGAACAGGUCGAGGUACCUGCUGAUAUCUUCGUUGGUGUUUACAUCGAUAGGAUUCCUUUUCUUUCUCAUCGCUUUUUCGACGCCAAACUGGCUGGAAGCCGAUGACCGCUACAAAUUGAAAAACGGUUUUGUAAAGUUGGGACUUUGGGAAGCAUGCUUCAACCAUUGGACAUAUUUUAAUGACUACAAUGGAAAGAUCUAUGAUGGAUGCUGGUGGAUUUAUUCCUAUGAAUACCGACCGAUCUUCCACUGGAUUAAUCCAUCCUGGUUCCUGUCCAUCCAGGUGAUGAUGACCCUAACCCUGUUGGCAGAGCUGGUCAUCCUUGCUCUCACUGUCAUGAUCAUCCUCAACAUAUGUCCAGGCAAACACAGCUUUGGGGCACUCAUGUCCAUCGGAGUAGGAUCGAUUGUGUGUGGGGUGGUGACCGGUAUCAGCAUAUUGCUGUUUGGCACCAUGUCUGUCGUAAACCGUCAGUGGAUCCAGAAUCCAGACAAGAAUUACCUCUCCUUCUCCUUUGGCCUGAUGGUCAUGUCCGGCUUCCUGCUUCUCUUUGCGGGAUUCUGUGCCACGUUUUCAGCCACACAGACUCGGUUUGACCAGAAGAAAAGUCAGGAGAAACCCAGAUAUGGAGGGCAGAUCAUAAAACCCGCUCCACCAAUAUACUAGUGGGGGGGAGUUCCAUUGCAGACAAUAUCCAUCCAACAGUGUAUAUGGAAUUUUUCUUUUAAACAUUUACUAUGAACCAAAUAUACAGUGUCGUCAAUUAUCUGGAAGAAUAGAAUGUUUUCACCUUUCUUCAAGGCCAUUCAUUGUAUGGUGGAUGAAAAUUCCUAUUGUCAUUAUUUUAUAUGCAUCUUCAUGAUUUUGUAAAUAUGAACUCAUUGCAUUAUCAUGUAAUUGGAUUUUUUUUAGAGGAGCAGCUUCAUUUAUCUAUUGUAUGUUCCAGAUCUGAAGAUCUAGCAUUAUGCAAUUUAACUUCAAAUAUCAUGUUUUCAUACCUAUCAGUUUCAUCACCUCUGUAACAUAAUAUGUAAUUUAAUGUAUAUAUUGAAUGUCAUACUGCUCAUAAUAUUUUGUACGUAUGAAAAUAAAGUAUUUAACAAGUA